CUAAUGGAAUUGCCGCAACCAACAAUUUGUAGAAUUAUAUUUCGAGUAACUAUCAUAUUAGCAUCUUAUCUAAAUGUUUACGUCAAAUUUGUGACAAAUCAAGCAGCUAUACAAGAAAACCGAAGAUUGUUUAAACAAUUAGGAUACGGAUAUGCAGGUAUUGGACUUCCUUGUAUUGAUGGUGCAAUAGAUUGCACUCAUAUCAGAUUACACAGUAAUAACUUUGGACGAUUAGCUGAAAUGUAUAGAAAUAGAAAGGAAUAUUUUUCUUUGAACGUGCAGGCCACUGUAGGACCACAAAUGGAAAUUUUGGACCUUGUCCCAGAAUGGCCAAGAAGUCAGCAUGACAGCAGAAUUUUCCAAAAUUCUAGAAUUUUCAUGAGAUAUCAACAACGUGAACUUACAGGAACGUUAGUUGGAGAUUCUGGAUAUCCUUCUCUUGCAUUUCUUCUGACGCCAUUUAGAAAUCCACAAAACGAAGAAGAAGAGAGAUAUAAUGAAAUUCAUUCAAGAACGCGAAUAGUUGUUGAGCGAACAUUUGGAGUAUGGAAGAGAAGAUUUCCUUGUCUAUCUAAAGGUUUAGCUUUAAAACUUGUAACGUGUACUGGAGUUAUUUCAGCUUGUGCUGUUUUACAUAAUUUAUCACUACGAUUUAAAGAUGUUCUUCCUGAGAAAGAAGAACCCGAUGAUGUAAUAAUUGAAAAUAAUGAAGAACUCUAUUACAAUGAACCUCAGCCUGGAGAUGGUUUUAUU